AUGAAGUCUACCAUAAAUGAGCUUGAAAAACGAUAUACGGAACUCAACAACCAGUUAUGUCACAAGCUAAACUCCAUAUUAUGGUUGGACAAGGUAGAAAAACUUCAGAAAGAACCAGAAGACGUUAUAAAUGCAGAAUAUGAACGGAUUGCAAAAUCCAUACCGACUAAACUUAAAUUUACAAACGACGAAACUGACUCGACACUUGCCUUAGCCCGUCAAUUGCGUGACCAGCUAAAUAUCAUUCAAACAGACUCAUAUUUGAACGAUUUGUUGCAAGUAACACUCCCAAUUCUUCGUGCUAUCCACCAUGAAACCAGCGAUCUCACUAGCCUGGAGCAGAAAAUCGCUACUAAUUUAAAUCUCUUGUAUGGUAACGACUCUGAAGAUGGUGCUAAUGUCUACAAUACCAUGAAAAUGUUUCAGCAGGCCGAAACUAACGACGGCAGUAUGAUUCGAAAUAGGCAGAAACUAGUCCACUAUUUGAUUGAUACGGUGAAGCCUCGAUUAUUGGAGUAUGACAGGGUCAGUAAGCGAGAUCAGGAGGUAGCACAAAUGGCAUUGGAAAGGAAAAACCAGCAAAUCGACGAAUUUGUGGGCCAGUUAUCAUCAGAUGAGAUUGAAACCAUAGAUAUUAUGUAUUCUGAUCUCGUCAAAUCCUGGCUAAAAUCAGCUAUCUAUUGCGAUCUACUACCAGGAAUAGUGCUUACGUUGCCUUUAGACUGGCACAGCGAUACUAAUUUGGCAGCGGUAGUGAACGACUGCCUGAACAUUGGUGCGAUAAUGACCAAGAACCAAUCACUCGUGAACGUCGAUACGAUUAAAAACAUUACUUCUGAAAAGUUGAUAUCAUACGUGGGAGCACUUCAAUAG